AUGGGUGAUUUUGGAAGUUAUCCAGGAAACAAAAGAGUUGAAGUUGAUCACAUAAGUCGUUUGUCUCUCAAUAAUGGUUUCCUCAAACUGGAGGAGAAACUAUCACCUAAUGUUAAUGUUAUGAAAGUCCAAAACUCCCUUAAACAUGAGAUUACAGACCUUGAGAAAAUAUUACAGAGACAGUUUGAUGUUCGUAACGAUUUAGAAAUGGCAUUGGGUUAUAGAGAAACUUCUCAAGACGACAAUAUCUUCACUCCCAAGCCUACUUCAGAAUUGAUCAAGGAAAUUGCGACACUCGAGUUAGAAGUUUCGAAUUUAGAACAGUACCUUUUAUGGCUAUAUCGAAAAGCUUUUGGUCAACAAGCAUCAUAUAUAGCAAACGGAUCAAGUAUUGGAAUUUGGAUGGCAGAUCACAUACCUAUAAUGACUCCAAACAAGUUAUCAGAAGAGAUGAUAAAGUAUGUGUCGACUAUGUACUGCAAAUAUGCAGACACUCGGUUUCUUUCUUCGACAAGCAAGUUGUGGAGCUUCAGGAAAAGCUCUGCUUUCGAUGACCAAUUCGAAUCAUGUGGACCGUAUAACUCGAUGAUCGAAGUGUCACAUAUUAAAAGGAAAGGACAUGACUUUGAGCUGAUGCUUCGACAAUUCAGACUCCUUACUAAACAAUUGGAAGAUGUUGAUCUGAGAAAGUUGACGCAUCAAGAGAAACUUGCGUUCUGGAUUAAUGUUCAUAACUCACUUGUGAUGCACACAUUUUUAGUUAAUGGGAUUCCAAGGAACAACGGGAAGAGAUUCUUGCUAUUCUCUAAGCCAGCUUACAACAUAGGAGGUCGUGUGAUGAGCAUAGAUUUAUUGCAAAACUCUAUUCUUCUCAGCCGAAUGCCUUGUCCCCAACAGUGGUUGCGGUUGUUACUCACCUCAAAAAAACGCACAACCAGAGAUGACUACCAAGAAUACUCCCUUGAGCAUCCAGAGCCUCUGUUAUACUUUGCUCUCUGUUCCGGAAAUCACUCUGAUCCCGCGGUUCGAGUAUAUACGGCUGAGAGUAUAUACCUAGAGCUGGAAACCGCAAAAGAAGAGUACAUCCGCGCAAACAUUGGGUUCAGAAAUGACCAGAAACUAAUCUUACCAAAGAUCAUAGAGUCUUUCAGCAAAGACUUGGGUCUGAAUCAAGCGGCAUUGAUGGAGACGAUCCAAGAAUGUCUCCCGGAACCCAUGAGGUAUACAAUUAAGAAACUCAACAUGGGAAGAUCUCGAAAGAGUAUCAUAGAAUCGAUCCCACACAAUUUCGGGUACCGGUAUCUGAUAGCAAGAGAACUCAUCAAAUGAAGAAGUUUCUAAGUUAGUUUUGUUGCUUACUUUCCAUCUUAAUAUCCAUCAGUCUUCUUAUUUGAUGAAGAGUCAAAACACUUGAUUCUUGAUUUUGUUCUGUUUCUUAGCUUUCCACCAUAAUAGAAACAAACAAAUCCAACAAGGAAGCUCUUCCCGUUUGCUUUUUACUCAAGCUGAGCCUCAAUCACUGCCAUCGAUCCAUCGUAUCUUAACGGUCC